AUGCCUAACAAAAGGACUAAUGUAAAUAUGGGUAAAUCGUUUAGUAGGGAGUACUUCUAUUGGUCAAUGCAUUUUGCAGCCAUUACAGUUUUAUCUCUGUGUCUAAUUUUAACAUUUUUGCCCUCAAUAGAUAAAUCUACAAAGGAAUCUUUGGGCUUGGUUAACUUUUGUGCAGAUCUAUUGCCAAACAGACGUUGGUUAUUAGUAUUUGAAUGUACUGUAUUAAUGUCAAUGAUGUUUACUUAUAUGGGAUUGUUAAUGUAUAAUGAAGAUGUAUUGACAAAAAAUUUAGAUGACAUAACUACAAUUAUUGAUAAAGAUGGAAAUCUGGUUAUAACUAAUGAUACUAAAAAGUUUAUACAAGAUUUUGCACAGAAUGAAACUAGUGGAAUUGCAGACUUGCCUAUCAUGGACGUCUGUCAAAUACUAUAUGCUGAUUAA